AUGGAGGGUAUAAGAGUACUAAGAAUUAUUGUGCAAACUUUACUCAACAAGGUACUUGAUCUUGUGGCUAGCGAAAAUCGUAGAAGGCACAGAUUUCGUAGACGGCAGUACAGUACCUUCCAGAUGCAAGCGUACGCGUACGCUCAACGUGGAAACUUGAAGGAUCAAACAAACAAGGACACAGCCUUCACCUCAAAAGGAUUUUCAAAUUGGAAGAAUGCUCUUGAUAGUUUCCGAGGUCAUCAAAGCUCAUCAUGCCACAAAACCGCUUCCUCGUACCACUUGGUUCUACCACACUGUGCAGACGUUGGCGAGUUGAUGGACAACAUUCUCACCGACCAGAGACAGGUUGAACGAAAGUACCUCCUUGAUGUCAUUAGAUGUUUACGCUACCUUAGCCGACAAGGCAUUGCUCUUCAAGGAGACGAUAACAAUGACAACUUCACCCAACUUCUUUAUCUCCUCGGAAGUAGAGAUUCAAGCGUAAUGGAUCAUAUCAAUGGAAAAAUUGGACAUAAGUACAAUCACCAUGAUGUGCAAAAUGAACUCUUGAAUUUGAUGGCUUCUCAAGUAUUGCGGAAAAAGUUAGAUACCGUUCGAGAGCGCAGGUUUUAUUCUAUGAUGGCAGAUGAAGGCACUGAUGUAAGUAAUGCCGAACAACUUUUGUUUUGUGUACGAUCAGCGAAUGACGAUUUAAAUGUGAAUGAAGAUUUCUUGGGCUUUUAUAAAGUUGACAAUACUCGAAGCGCAACUAUCGUCAAGGCAAUCAAAGAUAUUUUGCUGAGGUGCUCAUUGAACCUAUCUGAUUGUCGAGGCCAAACCUAUGACGGGGCAAGCAACAUGAUGGGAAAACGUUCAGGUGUUUCUGCCAUUAUCAAAGAGGAGCAGCCAAAAGCCAUCGCGACCCAUUGCCAAGGACAUUCUUUAAGCCUUGCUGUCAAAUCGAUGACUAAAGAGUGUCAGAUCCUCCGAGAUACAAUGGGAACUGCCGGUGAAAUUUGUGUUUUAGUGAAGUAUUUACCGAAACGGGAGAACAUGCUGGGUAAGCUGACUGCAAAUGUUGAAGGAACCCUAGGAACUGAUAAACAUGCAGGAAAGCUGGAUAAGCUGAGUACAACAAGGUGGACAAUUCGGGCGAACUGUUUCAAGAAGAUCAUGGAAAACUACGAACCACUGAUGGCGUUGUGGAACGAGAGUUUAAAUGAGAAGCUAGACGCUGAAACGAAGUCGAGGAUUAAUGGGUGUAAAAAGCAGAUGGAGUCAUUUUCAUUCUAUUUUGGUCUGAAUCUAGGACGCAAGCUUUAUGCUCACACAGAUAAUCUGUCCAUAACACUUCAGAAAGAAAAAAUGUCAGCAAUCAGCGGUAAAGAAUUGGCUGAACUUACGAACAAGACGAUGCAACCCAGUGGGCACACGACGUCUUUUCAACGUUGA